AUGACGUGGACGUCGAAAACUGUAAGACCACCGGAAAAUGUUGAAGAGUUUGUAGACGAUGUUCUAGAUGACGUGGACGUCGAAAACGUACAACAAACUACGUCAUCAAUCGCCAGCGCGGCGUCUGUGCUGAACGUCGUCAACGGAACCGACGUCGACAAUACAACAGAGGCAUAUACUAAAGCACGUGAUCGGAUGGUGCAAAUUCUGGAGCAGGUGCAGGUGCAGGACGUGCAGCAGGUGAAACAGGUGUCAGGCACGCUGGAACACGUGACCAACAAGCCGGAAGAACUGUCGGAUGAGUCUCAGGCAAGUGCCGUAAACAUUCUGGACGCUUCCAGUCAAAGCGUGGACAGAGGGAGGUCGGAGGCACAACUGACAAACAAGACCACAGACUUCCAAAAGAACAAGCAGGCAACCACCACCGCACUCGACACAAUAGACGAGUUGUCCUUCACAACGGUUUCGAGGAAGAACCGAGACGAGAAGCCGACUCUGUUCCAGGCUAAGGAGUUCCUGAUGUCCCUGGCGAGGUCCAGCUGUGACGGACUCGGGGCGCGGGUCAUACAGACCCAGGAAGACACGAGAGCGUACUUUGAAAUCCCAGAGAACUUUACGUCGAAGCUUUGUCAAAACGGCAGUGUCGUAUCCCAGACUUACUUUGCACCACGAAACCCUUUUGAGUACGGAAAUAAUGCCGAAGAUGCCAGAACCCCAGUUCUGGGACUUUCUGUCCUCGGCGAAAGGCAGAAAGUCCUUGUUACCAACCUUCAGGAAGACGAACGUAUCGAGUAUAUCAGCCCCAUAACUCUGGAGAAUCCAAUAGUUGUGAACGGCACGGCGACGUCAUCUAACACUCGACAAAUAUCGUUACACAGUUUCAACACGACAGUACCAGGUGUUGCUUUCUACAUCCGCGUCGUCCCCGACGUCACCAGUGAUGACGCUAACGUCACGUUAAGGGCUUACCUGAAGCGUGGUGCGGUGGUCUCACCUGUUGACUACAGCCAUCAUGCUGCUCUAACAGAUAAAGGUGUCACCACACAUCCGUACACGUGGUUCCUGAACCAGCAAGCUUUAAACACCGCGAGUGAACGAGAAGAGUGGGCAAUAGGUCUCCAGCGGGUUCCAACCACCGAAGAGAACGGACAUACGUCAGACUCCAGCGUUCGCUACACCAUGAGCAUCACAGCCUCCAAAUGUCUCUUCUUCGACGAAACGACAAGUCUUUGGACCGACAGGGGAUGUGAGGUUGGUUCCCAGACGACCGAUGAGCAGCUGCACUGUAUCUGUGACCACCUGACAGCCUUUGCUGGCUUUGUUGCGCCCAACCCGCUGGACUUGGGCAGUUCCUUCACCUUUGACCUGGACAGAAGUCUGAUAGCCCUGGUGACCGUGUGCGUCGUGAUGGCCUUGUACAUCGUGGCUGUCUUCAUCGUGAGAGGCUUAGAUGAUGAACGAAGGCGAAGAAAGGUUGUACACAGACGUCAGCGGGAGAGAGAACACAGGGUCCAACAACAGCGACAAUCAAAAACGGGAAAAAGUUUUCUAUCAGAACACCUGUGGAUAUCUGUGGUGAAACUUCCCUCCAACCACUUCACCCGUGUGCAGAGGAUCUCCUGUUGUCUGUCCCUCCUCAUGUCCUUCAUGUUAGUCAACAUCAUGUUCUACCGGGGAGACAGGAACUUCGUACCCAGGGUUACCGGAGGGAGGGUCCAACUGGAGCAACUGUUCAGCUGGGACACGUUCAUCAUCGGCCUGGAGAGUUCCCUGAUCGCCUUACCAAUCAACGUCAUCGUCGUGGUGCUUUUCCGUUACGCGGGGCCACGUCACGACACGUCAUCGCCACCAAACGGCUCCCACCCGAAGGGCAAGAACAACAACGUCACUCCGCGGAAGGAUCGAGUCUUGGAUCUACCCCGUUACAUGCCCGCACCCGGAGGUAACGGCACGGAGUACACCGCAGAUCCUUCCGCGCACAUCGAGAAGCUUACAAAACAAGGAGCUCUGAAGAAAUCCGAUGGCAGAUACGGCAUGGAGAAACACGGCUUGAAGGUUGCCGUGAGUGAGAAACCGUACCGCCCAUUGCCCUGGUGGAGCGUUAUCGUAGCCUGGUUCCUGGUUUCUGCCAUAGUUAUAGUAUCCGGUGCCUUUACUGUCCUGUACGGUAAUGAUUACGGCAGGUCCAAGUCUCAAGCAUGGCUCUUGGCCUUCGUCAUCUCCUUCCUGACUGACUUCAUCCUCCUCCAACCAGUUAAGUUGAUUCUGGUCAUCAUCUUCUUCAAGCUAGUUACCAAGAAAACUAAACCGUCACCAGAAACCGAUUCCAACAUACAGCUUCGAAUGGAUGAUUUGAUCGAAACAGAAUGGGAACGAAGGAGAAGAUACCUGCUUCGGAUGGACCAUGACCGCCGUUUGAGACGACCAGCAGCCGGACCGAGGUACGUCGUCACUGCCAACAGAUCAUUUGGCGACGGCAAGUUGGGAAGCCGCCAGGAACAACACUUAACCGGUAUCAUCCGGUACCAGAACCGGUAUCAUCCACCUCCGCGUCACACGGGCAUUAACACGUCUAACCCAAUGUAUGUCAACGUGAAGGAUUCUAAACAGCACAACAUGCGCCAAUACCAGUCUCUCGUGCCACGACGUAAAUAAAUUGGUAGGGCACAACUACCCUCUUUGGCAAUUUGAUAAGACUGGUAGGUUUUGUUACGAGCAUAGAUAAUGAUGAUUGAUGUUGGGUCUUCUUCAAUUGUCAAUUUUUUCCCAAUCAUUUUUAUAUAUUUCAAACAAUCACCACCAACCUAUCAGUCUUCGGAGACUUGAAUCCUCUUUUUGUUUUUAAUAUUUGUAGAUUUUCUAUGCUGUUUUAUGUAUUAUCAAGCUCGCAAUACGUACUCAUGUAGGACUAGUGUUGAUGACGGCAUGACAAUACGUUAAGACUUGAGUAUGUCUUCACCAUGUCUUGUCAAUACAUUUUCAAUAUUAAAAGUUAGGCUGGGUCUUGUUAGUGUCUGUGUCAGGCUUUUAUGGCGGGUACUUCAUUUUGUAAGUUUUUCUUUUUGUUUGGCUAGCAGGCGUUCUCGAGAUUUAAGCUAUUUAGUUGUGCAUAGUUUGUAGUUUAUCCAGUUACGUCUGGGUACAUGCUAUCUAGUUGUGCAUUUUAGCUGAAUAAUUCAAGAACGCUGAACCUUUCAUGUAUUUGCAAUAAAUAAUUGUGUAAGUCAUGUUCUGUUUCAUCGUAUCGUCUGGGAUUUUUUUUCCAAAUCUCAAGAUUGAUCUACAA